AGCCGGAAAAUACUCAAUAUGUAUCAUAUAAUGAUCGUUAUGUGGUCAUUACUGGGCAUAUCGGUGGCAUUGCCGAUUUGUAACGAGUUUGCCACGACGAAGGUGGCCAUAAGUGAGUUUCAAACUAAUGUUGCCAGUGGAGAAUGGCUUGGUGUCUGGUCUGUGGAGAUCGGAUCUUCCUCAAAUUUCGGAAAAACCCACAACAAAUGGUACAAGUCCCCCCGCGGUCCCACGUACCGGCGUGAUACCGUUACCUUCAACCAAAAUAACAAAUCAUGUGAUUCAAGAUCAUUCCACUACGGAUAUUCUGGAAAAUGCGUGCGGUGUCAGUCUUCAUCAAGUAAAUGGGUCGCGCAUUGAGCAAUUCUUUAGCCAGAAUAUUUCCAAAUACUUCUGGUGGUAUAUCUGCAUAUCUCCAGACAGUGACGGCGGCUGUAAUCAGGGCUUUUUUGACCUGCAAAUCAGAGACUUGCGCAAAAAGACCACGGAUGACAUAGACUUAAAUGGACUACCGCUGCAUUUUAUUGCUGGCGAUCUGUAUAACUUAAUGGGAAAGCUAUUUGCAAUGCCCGACGUUCAAUACGUAUGGACUGGUCAAGAAUGUUUCUUCAAGGGUACUUAGGUGCGAUGGAUAAUCCAAGAUCGAAAUGUUUCAUUAGUUAUGCUGCAUAUAAGAC